UUUUUUAUUUCAUAAAUAUUUUUAUAUACUUUAUUAUAUAAAAUUCAUGCGAAAUUUAUUAUAUAAAGAUUUGAAUAGAAUAAAAGUACAUAGUGUUAGCCUAAAAUGCUGCAGCAUCAAAUAUACAAGCCUGACACAUUUUUAUAUUUUGCAUAUGGCAGCAAUAUGUUCUCCUUUAGGAUUCAUAUGAAUAAUCCAAGUGCAGAGUUUGUUUGCACAGCACGAGCAGAUAAUUAUAGAUUAGAUUUCAUUAAGUAUUCAAAGUUUUGGGGAGGCCCUACUGCAACUCUGGUGCCCACUGCCAAUGCCCACGUUUGGGGAGUGAUAUGGCGGUUGGGUGUCCAACAUUUGGAACAUCUUGAUGAACAAGAAGGGGUAGAAAGGAAAAUUUACUAUUCAAAACAUAUCGAAGUCUUAACAUCCUACAUGGGCAGUUUUAAAUGUCGCAUAUACAUACACAAAGUGAAUCCGUUGCCGAGAGGCGACAACGACGAAAUACCGGCCGAAAGGUGGCCUUCGUGGACGUACAAGGAAAUAAUAAUCCUCGGUGCUAUGGAGCAUGAGCUACCAGAGUAUUACAUUCUCAACUUAGAGAAGUUGCAACACAAUGGAGAUAAGGGAUGUUUUAAAAUGUACGCCCUUUUGUUGAAAUUCGUUAAAGAAAAACCUUGUAUUUGCGAUGUCCCGAAGAAAAAGGACAAGCCCCAGAUAUGGAUUUCCGACAAACUUCAGAAAAAAUCUUAAGAUUAUAAAGGGGAUGCAAUA